GUUCCUUUUCCUGUGGGCUGGUCUCCAGGGUAACAGAGCCUCUUCUUUGGGCCUGGCUCUCUGCCCACUGAGCUAGCUCUUUCCCCAGUUAAGUUAGAGGAAGGGAUUAAGCAUUCCCUUUUAUACUGGCUAAACAGACAAUAAUGACCAGAGAGAAGGCAGAGAGGGAAGAGGAGUUCAGGAGGGCUCCCUGGAGAAGGGAGCCUGGAGUGCCAGGGAUGGCCUUGGAGAGGGACAGACUGCCAGGCCAGGAGGAGGUGACAUUCAAGGAUGUGGCUGUGGACUUCACCCAGGAAGAGUGGUGCCUCUUGUCCUCUCCCCAGAAGGAGCUGUAUAAGGAGGUGAUGCUGGAGAAUGCCCAGAACCUACUCUCUGUGGGGCUUCCAGCUCCCCCAGAAGACAUGAUCUCUUAUUUGGAGCAGAGGGAAGCCCCAUGGAUGCUGGAGCAAGAAGGCCUAAGGUGCUACUGCCCAGAAGGAGAGAUCAGACCUGAAAUGAGAGGAAAUCCAAUAGAAGUGAGUCUUCCUAUGGACGAAAUGGACUUACAAAGAUUAAUGUCUGAUGGUCCUGAAAACUUUGUAUUCAGAGAAUUAUUUGUUGUACCUCAAAAUUCAUCUCAUAUUGAACAUCAAAGAAUGUACACUGAGGAAAAAUCUGGUGAAAGUACUCUUUGUGAAAAGACUUUUAUGCAGAAGGCUAGUCUUUCUGGACAUCAGAGCAUCCACAUCGGAGAGAGACCUUAUGAAUGUAAGCAAUGUGGAAAGACAUUCAGUCAGAGAUCUCAUCUUGCUGUACAUCAGAGAGUUCACACUGGGGAGAAACCUUAUGAAUGCAAGCAAUGUGGAAAGGCAUUCAGUCACAGCUGCUCUCUUAUUGUACAUCAGAGAGUUCACACUGGGGAGAAACCUUAUGAAUGCAAAUGGUGUGGAAAGACAUUCAGUUGGAGCUCCUCUCUUGCUGCACAUCAGAGAAUCCACACUGGGGAGAAACCUUAUGAAUGCAAUCAGUGUGGAAAGACAUUCACUAAUAAUUCCAAACUUGUUGUACAUCAGAGAGUCCACACUGGGGAGAAACCUUACGAAUGUAAGCAAUGUGGAAAGUCAUUCAGUCAAAGAUUCCAUCUUGCGAUACAUCAGAGAGUUCACACUGGGGAGAAACCUUACGAAUGCAAGCAGUGUGGAAAAACAUUCAGUCAAAGAUUCCAUCUUGCUAUACAUCAGAGAGUCCACACUGGGGAGAAACCUUACGAAUGUAAGCAAUGUGGAAAGACAUUCAGUCAAAGAUUCCAUCUUGCUAUACAUCAGAGAGUCCACACUGGGGAGAAACCUUACAAAUGCAAGAAAUGUGGAAAGGCAUUCAGUCAAAGAUUUCAUCUUGCUAUACACCAGAGAGUCCACACAGGGGAGAAACCUUACGAUUGCAAGCAAUGUGGAAAGACAUUCAGGCAAAGAUUUCAUCUUACUAUACAUCAUAGAGUCCACACUGGGGAGAAACCUUAUGAAUGCAAGCAAUGUGGAAAGGCAUUCAGUCGGAACUUCUCUCUUGUUGAACAUCAUAGAGUCCACACUGGGGAGAAACCUUAUAAAUGCACGCAGUGUGGAAGGACAUUCACAAAUAACUCCAAUCUUGCUGCACAUGAGAGUGUUCACACUAGGGAGAAAACAUAUGGAUGCAAUGAAUUUGGAAAACCAUUCACAAAUACCUCCAGUCUUGCCAUACAUCCAAGUGUCCACCAUGGGGAGAAACCUUAUGAAUGCAAGAAGUGUGAAAAGACAUUCAGUUCAAGAUCUUAUUUUGCUGUACAUCAGAGAGUCCACACUGGGGAGAAACCAUAUGAAUGCAAGGAAUGUGGAAAAACAUUCACAUAUAACUCCAGUCUGGCUGCACAUCAGAGAGUCCACACGGGGGAGAAACCUUAUGAAUGCAAGCAGUGUGGAAAGACUUUCACAAAUAACUCCAAUCUAGCUGCACAUCAGAGAGUCCACAGUGGGGAGAAACCAUAUGAAUGCAAGGAAUGUGGAAAAACAUUCACAUAUAACUCCAGUCUGGCUGCACAUCAAAGAGUCCACACUGGGGAGAAACCAUAUGAAUGCAAGCAAUGUGGGAAGACAUUCAGUUCAAGAUCCUAUCUUGCUGUACAUCAUAGAGUCCACACUGGGGAGAAACCUUAUGAAUGCAAGCAGUGUGGAAAGUCAUUCACAAAUAACUCCAGUCUUGCCGCACAUCAGAGAAUCCACACUGGGGAGAAACCUUAUGAAUGCAGGCAGUGUGGAAAAACAUUCACAUAUAACUCCAAACUUGCUGUACAUCAUAGAGUCCACACUGGAGAGAAACCUUAUGAAUGCAAGCAGUGUGGAAAGACAUUCACAUAUAACUCCAGUCUUGCUGUACAUCAGAGAAUCCACACUGGAGUGAAACCUUAUGAAUGCAAGCAGUGUGGAAAGACAUUCAGUCAGAGCUCUCAUCUUGCUUGUCAUCAGAGAAUUCACACUGGGGAGAAACCUUAAGAAUACAAGUGUUUUAAUGAAAGGAGUAGGAGCUGAUGCUGCAGAGGAAGAAGCAGGAAGGUUCCAAAAUUCUGGAGAAGUUGUUUUCCUUGUGAUCCAUCUUACCAACUACCUGUUUCUGUGUAUCUUGUUGAUGCUAACUGAGAGAUAUUCCUACAGUGAAGUUUGAGACACCAAAAGCUAUCCAUCAGUGAGACCUUCCCUUUGUGCCCUGUUCCUGCUUACCUUCCAACCUUUCUAUCUCUUAUCACCAUCUAAUAGGAGGGUUGGUAUUUGGGUUAGUGAAGUGUAUUUUAUUAUAGGAACUGGGACUCUUAUGUAGAGAGGUAACGGACAGUGCAGAUACCCUCUCUCUGAAGCUACCAACUAGAUUUGGUGGGAGGUUUAUAUAUAUUCUUUAGAUCAUUUCAAUUCCCUUCCCUUCCUUCCCUUAUCAUAAAUAAACUCUGUUUAAUAGCAUUUGGUAUCCUGUAAGCUUUAUCCUAUUGGUCUUCUGAUACUGGUCCUAAAAAAUCAUUCCUUGACCUACUUAAAUCCCCAUUACCAUCAGGUAUCUUUCUAGAAACAAUUAUUUUAGCUAUAUGCAAUUAUUUCACAAGCUUUGUGAAAAGAUGCUCUGAUGCUGCUCCAGUCUUGCUAUUAUUUUAAGGAAAUCUGUCCUACCCCCUUUCUUGGGCAGCAUACCAGGCAUGAGCCUCAACUUGACUCAGAAGUGAGAAUUACAUUAUGGAAUCCAUUGAGUGAGGAUAGAAUGGCAGGCAGAAAAAUGCAGCAAUAGAGCCGAAAUCAGGAGACAAGGUCAGGGUAAUGUCUUCAACUCUGCUCCCCUUGACUGUUCCCCUGGGCAGCCCAGGCAAAAUAGAAAUCCACAGUUGGCUCUUGAGAUGCUAUUUGUGAGUUAGUGGGCAGGAAAAAGUUUUGAUAAACUGAGGCAAGAUUGAAUAUCCAAGCUCAUCUCUUUCAGUUUUGUUGCUGGCUGGAUAUCCCUAUGAGCAUGGCCCCUAAUGGGGCCACAGAAUAUCAAUCAAAUUGGAGCAAUGAGGAAAGUAUAUCUUUUUAAUUUUUCCAUCUUUUCCCCCUUCUACCUUAGAAUGAAUAAAAUUAAUUUAGGGCCAGU